UCAGUGAAUUCUGUCAGUUCCGCCAUCAUUCAUCAUCUAUGAACGCCGAUUAUAUUCGAAGAAAAACACUUGCGGCUUUUACUUCUACAAUUUGCUAAUAAUUACUAAAGUGCAUCUUCCCCCAUAAAACUCCGUGCGUAAUUUCAAUAUAUUUGAAAGUGAUUGUUUGGUUUGAGCCCAUCGCCUGACCAUGGUGCGAAAAACCACAAGAGCAGCAGCCUUAAAGGCGAGUGAAAAAAAUCGACGCGAAUCACCGAGAAGAUCUCGACGUCGAAAAAGUAGUUCAAAAAGCGAAAGUUCGGAGGAUGAGGUUUUGGCGAAAGUGAAACAGGCACAGCUAUCGAAUGCUUCAGAAAAAGGAUCAUCAGAUAAUGAAACUGAUAGAGAAUCAAAAAAGCCACUCAAGAAGAGAACAAGAUCAAUGGUGGUGAAUGAAGCCAAGCAAAAGCUUGUCGUUGAAUCUGAAAUUAAGUCAGCCGAAAAAGAGAUAAAAAUUGAAGAGCCACGUAUUGAAGAAGAAGAGGUAAAUGUCGGUGACAAUGCGAAAGGUAAGUCUAAGUGUAUAAAUAAGUCGAAUAUUGUCAAUGACAAUGCUGAAACUGAGAAUGCAAAUGUGCAGGUGACAGAAGAGUCACCGAUUCUUACUAAAGAUGACAACACGCAAAAUGAUGAUCGUUCUAAAAACGGCACGGAUCCAUCGGAAAUUGACGUCAACAUAUCUCAAACUUUAGUGGCUGAAAUGACUUGUGAAAAUCAGGCUACAGAAAUAACUACCGAUGAAACUACCGAAGUAGUAAUUUCGGAACACCCGGUGUCUGAAUCUUGUAAUGAGGAAGAUUCAAAGGACUUAACACAAGUAAUUGUAGAGCAGUGUCAAGACGCUCCAAAAAAUGAUGAAAAAUCAUCUGAAGAACGUAUAAAUACCCCAGAUAUCCCGCCUGCAACGAUCGCAGAUUCCACUUCUGAUAUUGCAGAAACUGAGGUUGUUCAAGCUUCAAAACCUGAGCUUCCAGAGGCGACUAAAAAAAUCAGACUGCACAGAAUGUCAAAGGAUGAAAGGAUUUCGGUUAGCGAAUCGUCUAGCAAACCGGACAAAAAAGAGGACAGCAAGAAGAAAAUUGUCCUUAAACGUCCUGAAAUCAAAGCAAUUAUUGCUAAGGAAGAAAAGGAGGAGGAGAGCAAUAAUGACUCAUCAUCGCCUAUUGAACAACCUCCAGGCAAUGACUGGGGUUCGGGAUAUGAAGCUUCUGCUGUGGAAAUUCCAGAGAACCCUGUUAUUAAAUCUGAGGAGAAGGUCACCCGAAGGAAGAUUACAUUGAAACGAUCAGCAGUUGAAGACGGUAGCAAACCUGAUCUAAAGGAACAUGUUGUCUUAACACGAAGCACAUCACUGUCAGAGAGUAAAGAGCGACGAACGUCCACAAGUGAUAAUAUAGUGAUUAAUGAAAGGCAACGUAAACUCAGCGUCGUCGUUGAGAAAGCACCCAGUGAAGUUGAAAACAAACCAGAAAAACCUCUGAAGCCUAGGAGAGUGGUGAAACUAAUCCGAAAAUUGCCCGAAAGGCUUGAAGAUCCUCUACCCUCAAGCGACGAGUCCCUGAAGAGGUCCAACUGGGGUCAACCAGAUAUAUCGCACUUAAAAGUCGACAAUGUGCUCCUUCUGGAUAGCUUGAGAGAAAUUUGUCCUACCAUUGAACUGCUGGACGAGGCAGAUGUGGAUUUGGAAAUAUCCGAACCAAAAUCCACAGAAAAGUCAAAUCGCAAAACAUUUAAAGAGUUGGAGGAAGAAGAAAUGGAGAACAUCGAAGCGGAACUUAACGCAGAACCAGAGGAAGCAGAUAUGGAGACCAUUAUUGCGACUAACAGGAAUUUCAGCAUCGUGGAGGAUUCAGUGAGCAAGCUGAAGCCGCCUCCAAGUCCGCCGAGAAAUCCGGUUUCCGAGGUACUGUUCAUUACCAACCUGGUUCGACCUUUCACGGUUAAGCAACUGAAGGAAUUGUUGGAACGUACCGGGAAACUCAAGGAGGAUGGAUUUUGGACGGACAAGAUCAAAUCAAAAUGCUUUGCUUGUUAUGAAACAGCUGAGGAAGCGGAAGUAACGAGAAAUGCCCUUCAUGGAGUUCAUUGGCCAAUUGGGAAUGGAAAGAAGCUGAUCAUUGACUAUUCUACGAUGGAAGACAUGGAGACUGCGAAGAAUCCCCCAGUUGUGAUAUUCCGCAAAGAAAAGGCCCCAGAGAUAGAGAACCAUAAGCCAGCGUUACAGGAAAACGUCGAAGAAAAGAAGGACGAACGUCCGUUGAAGCGAGAAUGGGAUAUUGGCAAAGAUCACAGGAAGAUGUCCCGAUCUAGGAGUAAGGAAGGACGCGAAAGGAAGCACAGCCGCCGAUCAUUCACGCCAGAAGAACACCAUAAGAAACGUAGUCGUGAGGAACCCGUUCCUCAAAAAGCGAUGGACGAUCUUUUUUUGAAAACCCAAGCCACUCCCAGCAUUUAUUGGCAGCCCCUUUCGCCUGAAGAGGUAAGAACUCGCAAAAGAACAAAUAAUCGCUCACAAACAACAACUUCGUCAAGCACGAUUAGAAGAAAAUAAACGUCGCUUAGAGAAAAUCAGAUCGUCAGGUCGCGGCGGAGUUCGAGAUCGUGGUGGCAGAGACCGGAUAUUUAGAAGGCGCUAACUUCUGUCGACAUGACUAUGCGUAUUAUUUUUUUCUUUUUGUAGAUACGAUUUGCGUGAGUGUGAAAGAGCGGGGAGUGUGUAUGUUUAAUUCAGCCUUCAGCUUCCGGCGGUGAAUCAGAAUAUUUUAAUUUUUACCUGGUAUUUCACUAAUUUAAGUAAGCCUUUUCAAAUCUGGCUUAUUUUGUUCGUUUCAAGUUAUAGCUUGGUUUUUAAUUUUUAAAACCUUGCCAUUUUUCGCAUCGGGCACCCAAACUAACCAAACGGUAAGUAUGCGUGGUUUUUUACUGCUUCAUCCAAGCUUUAACUUAAAUUUCCUGAAUGUGUGGGCGCAUGAAUGUAUUACGUAAUCCUGAUUUUUAUAGGGUUUCCAGUUGUUCAUCUCAUCUACUGAAGUUAUCGUCGAUGGAAUUUUCUUAGUUGUUGACAGCCGAUUUGGAAAUGUGAAGGACCGGCGCUUUUUACUGUUGGUAUCGUUUCCUAAUUGUAUCGUUUUUUGCAAGCUUUUUUGAUCAGGAAAUAUGUAGUCAAUCGCUGUUGAGGUUGAAAAGUUGGUCACGUAAUGAACACAUUCAUUUAAUAGAUAAUAUUAUCGAUAAUAAUUUUAAUGACAGAAAAUGAAACGAAAGUUUAAUGUAGAAAAUCGCAAAUUUGUUCUGUAAUAAACAUGUCCAAUCUUUA